AUGUCUCGGACGGUGGACGCUCGCACGAAAGCGCUGGUGGAGCCCGUCGCCCGCGAGAUCCGGGCCGCAACUUCCGAUCCCAAGGCUGAUGCAGUCGCAGAGCGUGAACAGGCGUCCUUCGACGCCAACGAGCUGGCAGUGUACAUGCAGGGGGGCCAGAGCGUUCUGGACCGCAAUGUCAAGGCCAUCCAGAUGCUCAAGCAGUUCCCCUGGGGCGACAAGUCCAAGCGCCCCUUCCUCACCCGCACCGAAGAGUAUGUGCAGGGCCUGGAGGCCUCCGUGACCAUCUGGAAGAUGGCCAACGAGGGCAAGAUCACCAAUGAGGAGGCCAUGGCCAUGCGCAAGCAGCUCAACUGGCCCGCAGGCCUAGAGCUCCACCUUGGGAUGUUCAUCCCGUCCCUGCUGGCGCACGGGACCAAGGAGCAACAGGAGGCGUGGCUCCCCCCCAGCCUGCGCCUGGAGAUGGUGGGCACCUACGCCCAGACGGAGCUGGGGCACGGCACCUUUGUGCGCGGGCUGGAGACGGUGGCGGUGUUUGACUCUGACUCCGACGAGUUUGUGGUGCAUUCCCCCACCCUCACCUCCACCAAGUGGUGGCCGGGGGGCCUGGGCAAGACGGCCACGCACGUCAUCCUCAUGGCGCGCCUGAUCUCGCGCGGCAAGGACCACGGCGUCCACUCCUUCGUGGUCCAGAUCCGGGACAUGGCCCGGCACACGCCGCUCCCGGGCGUGACGGUGGGCGAUAUCGGCCCCAAGAUGGGCUACAACGGUGUGGACAAUGGCUUCCUGCGCUUCGACCACCUUCGCAUCCCGCGCUCCGCGCUGCUGGCGCGCUUUGCCCGCCUGGAGCGUGAUGGCACCUACGUGCCCCCGCCCUCGGCCAACGCCAAGGCCAGCUACGCGACCAUGGUCUUCGUGCGCGCCGACAUCGUGAAGAACGCCGGCGACUUUCUGGGCCGCGCGGUGACCAUCGCCACGCGGUACACGGCGGUGCGCCGCCAGACGGCUCCCGGACCCGGCGCCCGCGAGCUGCAGGUGCUGGACUACGACAACGUGCAGCAGGUGCUGCUGCCGCUGCUGGCGCGCGCCUACGCGCUGUCCUUCAUGGGCCGCGCCAUGUUCGGGCAGUACAAGGCGUUCGACGCCGCGCGCGCGCGCGGCGACUUCUCCGCCCUCCCCGAGCUCCACGCGCUGUCCUCCGGCCUGAAGGCCGCCUGCACCGACGCGACCAGCGACGGCAUCGAGACCGCGCGCAGGACCUGCGGCGGGCACGGCUUCAGCCAGCUGUCGGCGCUGCCCACCCUCUUCACCUCCUACGUCCAGAACGCGACCUGGGAGGGUGACAACAACGUCAUGUACCUGCAGGCCGCGCGUUUCCUGGUGCGCGCGCUGAUCACCGCGCAGCGCGGCGGCCGCCUGGCGCCCUCCGCGUUGACGCGCGCGGCGCGCCACCUGGCGGUGCAGGCCGCCGCCGUGCUGAGGGCCGCCGCGGGCGGCGAGCUGGUUUUCGAGGGUGAGCCCUGGAACGGGACCAACGUCGACCUCAUCCGCCUGGCGAAAGCCCACUCCGCCCUCCUCCUCCACCGCAACUUCCUGGAGGCGGUGGAGGCGGCGGCGGGGGAGCUGAAGCCCGCCACGACGCGCGCGCUGCGCACGCUGUGCCAGCUCCACGGCGUCACCCUCCUGGUGGACGCCGCGGGGGACUUGCUCGAAGCUGGGUACAUCAACAGCACCCAGGCGGUGCAGCUGCGAGCGGCCAAGCGGGAGCUGGUGCGCGCCGUGCGCCCCGACGCGGUCGCCCUCACCGACGGCUUUGGGUACGAGGACUACCUCCUGUCGUCUGCUCUGGGAAGAAAGGACGGCGACGUGUACCAGGCCCUGCUGGAGGCCGCGCAGGGGUCCCCGCUGAACGACACCGCAGAGGGGCCGGCCUGGCACACCGUGCUCAAGGCCCAGCUGGCCCACAGCAAGCUUUGA